AUGGCUGCUGCAACUCGCCCAACAGCAGCUGCACCCGUCCACAUCAAGCCCAUCCUGCCCAGGGUAGCACCCAAGGUAGCGCCCUCGACUGCUUCUUGUAUCGCAACAGCAACAGCAGUCCCCACAUCUGCGUCGACCCUGAUCAGCCCCGCCCUUUUCUCUUCCGGUAGUAGUAUCCACUCGUCGACAUCGAUACCGCCACCAGAGGAUAUCUGGAAGGAACGGUUUAUGCAGCUGCAGCAACUACAACAGGCCCAUCGGCAUAAACAGCACCAGCUCCUCUCUGCUGCUAUCCACAACAGUCCAGCUCCUCCUACUCCUGCACCCUCCUCCACCUCCGCUGCAGCUGCUAUGACUUCGUCUCCCAGCAGAGCUUCACAGUUGGUGUCAACAUCGUCGCAGAGAGGCAGCUCGUCGGAGAGAUCCGUCUCCCCCGAAAAGACGACAGCCGACAAGUUGCGGACAAUCUACCCUUCUCCGCCCAUGAACGACGAUAUGGCGAUGGAGAGUGAUUCCGAGGCACGUUUCGGGCUUGGGUCCGAGUUUGCUAAGCCUUCCGAGUCCCAGCUCAAGUUGAUGACCAGCAAGGAGCGAAGGCAGCUUCGAAACAAGCUGUCUGCCCGCAACUUUCGUGUCCGCCGCAAAGAGUACAUUGACCAUCUCGAGAACGAGGUCAAGCUCGCAAAGAAGGAGGCGGCAGACACCCAACGCCGCUUGAUCCAAUCAGAGCUGAACUGCCAGUUCCUGCGACAGGAACUCGAGGCGACCCGGUUGUCGCAGUCGCUCUUUGGUAGCGGUGGUAUUGGCGGCGACGGACGCAUGUCCAAGGAGCACGCCAACCUCCUCGCCAGUCUCUUGAACCCCAACACCGAGAUCUUUCCUACUGUCAGCAACGCGGAUACUGUUCAACCAUUGGCGUCUGCUUCUUGGAUGGGUGCAUCGCAUGCGAGUGCUGUAGAAACCAGCACAAGUGGAGAGUUGGCAAUAGGAGCGGAAGCAGGAGCAGUAGAAGCACAAUCGGCGGUGGAGGAGGGUCAGGUACCCAUGGAGCCGUUUGUGCCGUUUGGUGAUUGGCCAGGACUCUUCAUCAACAGAGCCGAGGUCUCGGAGCCUGUUGUCGAUCCCAAGAACACAUCAGCAGCAACAAUAGCUUCAGGAGAGGCAGCACAGGGCCCAGCACACGAGCUCCUGGCUCGGUAUGAAGCCCUCAAGCGCGAAGCGGAGUAUGACGCCCAGAUGCGUGCCGAGAUCAAGGCCGACACAGACAGACGCCUCCUCGCCCAGACAUACAUGGUCGUCCCCAAGGGCAACGACAGAGAUUCCGAUGUAAUGUCGAUCGAGGUCAGGCGUCGUCUGGAGGAAGACUCGGUCGUCCUCAAAUCGUUGAUCUAUAUGCUGAUGGUCCAAUUGACGGAGUCCCUUUUCGAAGCCGCGACGCUGUCCAAGACGGAUCUUGUUAGGAUGUACCAAUCCAUGGACGAGCCCCUCCGCGCCAAGAUGCUUGCCCAGUCCAAGGAGUGUGCCACCACCAACAAAUUCGCGGAGUGGCGGGAGGGUUGGAUCAAACGAUGCUGGCCUUCAUAUUACAACAACCGUCGUCGCGUCGUUGAGUUGAUCAACCGGUCCGGGAUCUGUGAUCCCUGCUAUCGGGCCAAGGAGUUGAAGGAGAAGGAGAUUGAGGAGAUUGCGCGCAAGAUGGAGGAGGCUGUCAAGGAUCAGACUGUGGGUGAGAUGUGUAAGCCGGGCUUCUUUUACAGGACGUUUGUCCCCAACCGGUUCAAGUGCCCCAGUGCUUUGGCGUAUGAGAAGGUGGAGGCCGAGGCUAAGGCUGCUGUCAAGGCUUCGAUGAUGCAGCAGGAGCAGACGGAUACAUCGUCUCUGUAUGCCGCUAUGACCAUGCCCAUGCCUGUUGCCACCAGUGUCGCUUGCGCGUAA